AUGUAUUACUCAAGAGUGCCAGGAGUACAUUCUGGGAAGGAAGCAUCAGAUUUCCAACCACCUCCGUACUGUCGUUGGUACCAGGAUUCCAUCCUGGUAAACAGUACAAAUCUCUGGUCAGGUAACCUAACGCUAGGCCCAGGCCUGUCAAGAGAAGGCACUAAUUCACCGUUGGCUUACAGUCAGAUCACAGUACAAUGCAUAUCAACUUUGUGCCCAGUCCCCUUGUGCUUUCACCACAAUCUGAGUAUUGAGGUUUCUGGGCAGGAUGUCCAUCUGUUCCUGUUCUGGCCACGCACACGUCCGAUUUUUGAAUGGCAGCCGGUGCACCUGGGUUGGUGUGCACGUCUUAAGAGUUCCACAUGGAUCUAUCACUUCAAGAGUCAAGGGGGUAGUCCUGCAGAUCUCCUCGUUCCCAGUGAUCAAUACACUGAGCUCCCUCCAUACACUGCAUAUCUUAAUGCAGAGUUACACCAGGUCUGUAGGUCCUAUUAUACCUAUCACUUGAUUGUGCACUAUGCCCACCGUGGAUUCUACACUGCUUCAGUCAGCAUUGAGCACGGUCCUCGGAUCAGCCUUAGCAUGGACUUCUUAGUAGAGCCUGCCCUGCUACAUGUUUUUAGUACAAAUUCCAAAUUGCUGAACCAGCCACAUGGGACGCUCAGCCUUUCUUGGAGUUUUCUACAACUCAGUCAAGGGAUAGUAGCUUAUAAACUACUGAAUAGGCACAGCACAAGAGGGUGGUCUCAUUCCUACAAUUACAACCCUUUUGCUCUGCAUAGUAAUUUAUGUGCUGUUCACAAACCACAUCAUUCAAAUGAGAAGGUGAUGGCUACUAUCUACUUCCAUGCCAAAGAAAUGUUGUUUGGAGAGUUGACAGGAAAACUUGAUUUUUCUAAUAAAACUUUGAUUUUCACUGCAAGUAGUGCAACUCCAACGUACCUCACACUCAACCCACAGAAAGUCAAAGUAGGCACAUAUAUUAUUAGCCAUACCUUAGGACUCUACUAUUCCAUUCAGGAUGUCAGCACUAAUACUGCCACGGAUAAGAAUUCCAGCUCCCACUAUAUCUUUUACCAGCAAGCAAGCUUUUCUUACCUGAUCAUGGCUGAAUAUGUGCAGCUACAAUUGUUCAGGUUUAGUAUGCACAUAUAUCUGAACCGGAAGGGAAAUCUGUUCAAGUCUCUAGGAGAAAAAGAGAUAGAAAUCCACAUUUUCAACAGCACGCUUCCUGAGGAAAAUCUGGCCUACAUUGUAUGGUUUAUUCCUGUACAGCAUCCUCUGCUGCAGUGUGAGUGGACAUUCAACUUGCAACUGUUUGAUUCAAAAGACAAGAAUCUGAUUGAGAACUAUACUUUUGCAUACAUAAAUCAUGUCAGAAAUGCAACAAAAUUCAUUCCUGACUCUGUUUUACCGUUCAAUCCUGCCCUCUAUACUGGCUUUGUAGCAAAAGUGAACUGCACAGGCAAUGGAAUUGUACCAACAAUUUUGAAAGCUACAUUCAACACUUAUGCUUCAAAAGUUAUAGAAUCCAGAUUAGCCUGCCAACAAAAACCUUGUUCUAUUAUAAAAAUUCAUAUCCAGAGGCCUGAGACUUCUAAAUUAAUCAUACAUUAUACUCCAGGGACAGAAUUUACUCUGUCUGCUGAUGCACGGAUAAAUUGUCCAGGCCCUAAACAAGCAGAUGUGAUCUGGAACAUUUAUAAAGUCCCGAAUAUGACAAGUACCCCAGACUGGUCAAAACCUUUUAACCCACCUGGAAUUGGAGGAAGAAAUGUCAUCACAUUAAAAAUUCCCAGUUCUAGUUUGGAUGAUGGCUUGUAUCUCUUUAAUUUCACCAUGAAAUUAACAUCAUUAGAUACAUGGUAUAGAACAAAAAGCUCUGAUUCAGUGUUUGUUGAAAUUGGGCCAGAUAACUUGGUAGCUGCCAUUGCUGGAGGCAGUUACCGGACAGUUAGUUUUUCUGACCAGUGGACACUGAAUGGAUCAGUUUUCUCUAAUGGUAAAGCCAUACAAUCCUCUCUAGGACUCUCCUUUAUUUGGUAUUGCACAAAACAAAAAACAGACUAUGCAUCAAUGACUCUAAGUAAAAAUGGGAAGUGUCAUCCAGAUCAGGUAGAUUUGAAAUGGUUAACUUCAUCUGACCCAGUUCAAAUAAUGAAACCCCAAAUUUUUCAAGGAAGUAAUACAUAUUAUUUUCUCUUGGUAGUUCAAUAUGGUAGCAGAACAGCUCAUACUGAGCAAGCAGUAUAUGUAGAAGUUAACCCUACUUUAAUCCUGAAUGUUGCAUGUAUUGAAAAUUGUGAUAAAUCAGUAAUUCCAACAGAAAGGUUUUGUCUUUCUGGCCGAUGCCUAAAUUGUAGAACUAAAAAACCAGCCUAUUACUGGUCAUUGCACUCAGUACAGUCCAACGAAAUAGAUUUUGAUUGGUCUUCCAAAACUACAACAGGAAGAUCCAAUCCAUAUCUACGUAUAAAUGCUUUUGCAUUUGCAACGAUGGCAGAGCAGACAUAUAUUCUUAGUCUGAAAGUCUUAACAACAGAAGGACAGUCAGCCAUCUAUAAAUAUUCUUUUUAUGUUAAUAGCCCACCUCGUCUAGGAAAAUGUGUCCUUAAUCCAAAGAUUGGUAUAGCAUUCCUAACAAAAUUCUUUAUUCAGUGUAGGGGGUUUGAAGACAAAAAUGAGCCCCUUACAUAUAAAGUAAUAGCAGCAUACAACCAAACGAAAAUUAGUACUGUAUCUUCUAUAGAGAGUAAUACUCUGGGAAUAAUAGUAUAUGCUGGUCAUGACUAUAAAACUUCACAGUAUUUUCUCCCAAGUGGUCUGCUAUCUCAGAACUCUGCCUUAGUUAUAUAUAUUCAAGUAUAUGAUGCUCUUGGAGCAUGUUCUCAAAUAACUUUGCAAGCAACUGUGUAUGACCACCCCAGAAGUAAGUCACCUGAUGUUAUUUAUCAUGAACUGCGUGCUUUAAUCCAUGGACCAAGUGCUUUCAUGACAACUUUAUUGGUAACUAAAGAUUAUAUUAAUAUAGGUUAUUUUGUAUAUAUGGUGGCCUCAGUUUUAAAUAACAUUGAGACUUCACCAACCAGUCAGAGUUCUAAAUCUGAUUUGAGGCAAAUCCUCCUUAAUUUGAUUGCGGAGAUACCAACAAACACUGCACAGGAAAUAAACCAAGUUAUUUUAAGUAUUUGUCAGGUAACACAUUUAACCAUGGAAGUAAACAGAGAAUCACAACUGCUAGCAGUCAAGAAACUAAAAGAAGUCAGUAAAGCUCUAAAAAGGCACAGGGACAAAGACUUAGGUUCUAAGGAAACAGAGAUCCUUGGCAACGGUAUUCUGAUUGGUUUGUCCAAUGUGUUGAAAGCUUCUCUCUUGCACCACAGGAAUGUCAAUAUCAACGUAGUUAAAGAAACCAUUUUUGUUAUGGAAAUAUUAGCAGACUUGGUCUUACAAGAUAAAGGCCCAGGGGAAAAUGAAACUAUAAUGGAAACAGACAACUGGAGCAUUCACUUACAAAAAUAUGAGACCUGGGAAGUUUUUGGAAAUGUCUCUGAUAGAAAAUUUUGCAAGAAUUGCUUUUACCCAAAACUGAAGCAGGGUCAUCAUGCUGAAUUACAAGUAGAUGCUGUGGUUACCACUGUUUUUUAUGUAUUUGACAGAAAUCCGUUCCCUUGGUUGUUCUUUUCAGAAGAUAUUGGAACAAUAGUGACUGGAUUCAAAAUGAAAGGCACCAAAACUAAUGGUGACAUAAUCAGCAUUAUACCUGAUGUAGCUGAAGUUAUCAUGGCCAGAAAAGAUGAGGCCAUCUUUGACUUGACUAUAGGACCAGACAAAAUGCAUUCGAAAACAACUGGAGGCUUUAAUUUUGAAAUAAAGAGAAGCACCAAAUAUGUUUUUAUCCAGAUUGUGUCCAAAAUCAGAAUCACUUUCCACGUAUUUGUAUACCUAGGUGACAACCUUAGUCACCCUCCCAUAGCUACAUAUACUGUUUCUCAUCACAGCCCACCAACAUCUACCAAAAUGAAUGCUAGCAUCCCUGCAUGUGUUGUUGAGGCUCCCUAUAUCCUUUGUAUUCCUCAGUCAUUGUUCUGGUCCCCAGUCUACAGGAAUAGGCAAGACAAAGUGAACCUCUCGAUUGUCCUACAAUCAAACCCAUUUGUGAGAGAACAGACUACAAAGAUUGUUCGCAUCGCCCUUUUUGCAGCAGAAUGCCUAGAUCUGGAUGGAGUUCAGCAGCAGUGGAAAGAAGAAGCAUGCAAACUUGGCCGUGAGACCAGCUGGUCCAAAAUACACUGCAUUUGCAAAGCAAAAGAGCACAGCACAAGAACAGCUAGUCCUAGGUCACCAGGGAUCCCUGAAGCUGGCAUCCGAUUUUUAGCCAGCAAGGUAUUUUUAUUCCCUAACCAUACUGAUAUGAAAAGAUCUCUUUUAGCAAAUGUUCUCCAAUAUCCUAUAACAGAAUUCACAGUACUUACCAUUUUUACGGUCUACACAUUGUUGGCUCUCUGGGCCUUAAAAAAAGAUAAAGUAAGUAGGAAAGCCAAGAUCAUAGAUCUGCCAGACAAUGAUCCUUUUGACAAGAUAAGGUACUUGGUCACCAUAUACACAGGAAGUCGUCCAAGAGCAGGCACAAAAGCUAGUGUUUUUAUUGAGCUGAUUGGCCAAAAUGGGGUCAGCAAUGUGCAUCAAUUAAAACAUCCAAAAUUCCCAAGAAUCUUCCGCCGUGGAGCCAUUGACACCUUUCUUUUAAGUACUACGAUGGACUUAGGAGAAAUUUUUUCCCUACAUAUCUGGCAUGACAAUUGCAAAUUUGGUCCUAAUUGGUAUCUAAGCCGAAUCAAAGUCCAAAACCUAGAGACUAAGCAGUCAUGGCUGUUUUUGUGUAGAAAAUGGUUAGCUCUUGGCACAGAUGAUUCCCAGAUAGAACGGUCAUUUGCUGUUAUGAGCCCAAAUGCAUCCAUAAGCAAAAUUGAUUACUUUUUAAUAACAGUUAGCAAUGACUUGAGCAGGAACCACCUGUGGCUGUCUGUGUUCACUUAUAAGGGGAUCCAUGGCUCUCUCAACAGAUUCCAAAGAUUGUCCUGUUGCUUAGCAAUAUUGAUGAGCUCCUUGAUGUUUAACUCUUUAUUCUUCAUUAGUGCGAAGGAUCAAUUUAUUUAUUCAGUAGGGCUGGCGUACUUGAUGUCUAUAAGAAUUGGAAUAAGAAGUGCUUUAAUUUCCAUUCCUGUGCAGAAUAGUACAGGGGUCGGCAACCUCCGACCAGCGGGCCGGAUCUGGCCCCCGGAGGCCUUCCUUACGGCCCCCGGGGGCGGUUGCCACAGCCGCCACCACCGGGCGAAAAAAUGUCGGCGCCCAGAGGCGAAGUCUCGCGUGACCUCAAAGAAGGUCGAGUGA